AUGGGGGAGUGGACCAUUCUGGAGCGGCUGCUCGAGGCUGCUGUCCAGCAACAUUCUACCAUGAUUGGGAGGAUCCUGCUGACUGUAGUAGUGAUCUUCCGUAUUUUGAUAGUAGGUAUAGUGGGUGAAAAGGUCUAUGAGGACGAGCAGAUAAUGUUCAUCUGCAACACUAUGCAGCCGGGCUGCAACCAGGCCUGCUACGACAAGGCCUUCCCCAUAUCCCACAUCCGCUUCUGGGUCUUCCAGAUCAUCUUGGUGUGUACGCCCAGCCUGUGCUUCAUCACCUACUCUGUGCACCAGUCCGCCAAGCAGCGUGACCGCAGUUACUCCAUGCUGCACCCCUACAUAGACCAUGGUCAUGCAAGUCACCACAGUCGCGGAGGCGACCACCACGCCCGCAAGCUGCGCAACAUCAACGGUAUCCUGGUGCAGAACCCCGACAGCGGCAAGGAGGAGCAGGACCUGGAGGUCAAGGAGAUCCCAAAUGUACCCCGGGGGCUCACGCAGGCCAAGAGCGCCAAGGUGCGGCGGCAGGAGGGCAUCUCCCGCUUCUACGUCAUCCAGGUGGUGUUUCGUAACGUGCUGGAGAUCGGCUUCCUGGCAGGCCAGUACUUCCUGUAUGGCUUCAACGUGCCAGGGAUGUUUGAGUGUGACCGUUACCCCUGUGUGAAGGAGGUGGAGUGCUACGUGUCACGCCCCACAGAGAAGACGGUGUUCCUGAUCUUCAUGUUUGCGGUGAGCGGCAUUUGUGUGCUGCUCAACCUGGCCGAGCUCAACCACCUGGGCUGGAGGAAGAUCAAGACGGCCGUCAGGGGUGUUCAGGCCCGCAGGAAGUCCAUCUGUGAGGUGCGUAAGAAGGACGUAUCGCAUGUGUCCCAGGCCCCCAACCUGGGCAGGACCCAGUCCAGUGAGUCAGCCUAUGUCUGACAGAGGCUCCUCCACAUGGGGGGACCUGGACCUCUGGACCGAGCACAGAUUUCUCUGGGGAGGACGAACACUCAACCCAGCUCCCCCCACCCUGAGGGGCACUAACUUAACACUGCAACAUUAUUCAGGGGUGCAGAGGGACUUCACAUGGCCAUACUGGAGGAUUAUUGGAGAGAAGAGCUUUUUGGACUCUACAGGAGAGAGAAAGUACCUACAUGGCAGUUGAGGUACUAACUAAAGUUAGAUUUAAACUGUUGGGAGAGUUGUGCCUUCCAAGAGAACACACUGGAUAAAGAGGAGAUGGAACUAAUUACUGUAAGAAUAU